AUGUCCGGAUACCAGAGAAUUACUUAUGAUCCACAAUUUAAACCUGUAAGGAACAUUUACGAGGACAGGUUGAGACAGUUUAUUAGCAAAGGUGGCGAUUAUGCAGAUUUGAACUUGCCCAGAUUCUACGAUAAGGAGAGAAUUUCGUUAGAUCAGAAGCAUGUCAAUGUCUCUUGGUACCAGGUUCCAUUUGAGGAGGGGAGUAAUCCAGUGUCUCCAGAUAAAAGGCCCUCUUGGUCUUCAGUUAUUGAAGGUGAGAGAAAAGGGAAACUAGAAUUUAAGAAGGCCCACAUUGGCCAACCAUUUGGGCCGAGCUGGUCAACAACGUGGUUCAAGGUCGAAUUGAGGGUCCCCUCGAAAUGGGUACACUCCGGUGAGCAAUUGAUCUUUGAAUGGAAUUGUAACAACGAGGGCGUUGUCAUUGACCCAGACACCCUCCUACCUGCAACUGCGUUCUCCGGUGGUGAGAGGAAGGAGUAUCUGCUACCUAAGAGUAACUCUGGAGAAUAUUGUUUUUUCAUUGAGGCAGGAAACAAUGGGAUGUUUGGUUGCGGGGAUGGGUCUGAUAUCAAUCCGCCUGAUAAUAACAGAUUUUUCCAUUUAGACAGUGCAGAUCUUGUCUGGCCUGAUAAAGAAGCUCGUGCACUGUACAUUGAUUUUUGGAUGUUAGGUGAUGCUGCCAGAGAAUUACCUGAUGAUACCUGGCAAAAACAAAGGGCUAGACAAGUGGCUAACGAAGUGAUGGACAUGUUUGAUUACCGGGACAGAGCUAGUGUCAAAAAAUGCCGGGAAUUUUUAAAAGAAGCCUAUUUUGACCAGUUUCUAGACUCUCCAGAGGUAUACUACAAGGGAGAUUCUCAACAGAUUACCUCAGUUUAUAGUAUCGGUAACUGUCACAUCGACACCGCCUGGUUAUGGCCUUUUGCAGAAACGAAAAGAAAGAUCGUGAGAUCCUGGGCCUCCCAAUGUACUUUAAUGGACGAGUAUCCUGAAUAUCAAUUUGCUGCCUCCCAGGCGCAGCAAUUUAAAUGGCUUUUAAAAUAUCAUCCAGAUUUCUUCAAUAAAGUGCUUAUCCCAAAGGUACAGCAGUCCCAAUUCAUCCCCGUUGGUGGCUCUUGGGUCGAAAAUGACACUAACAUUCCCUGUGGUGAGUCCUUAGCAAGACAAUUCUUGUACGGUCAAAGAUUUUAUUUACGUCAUUUUGGCUGCAAAUCGGACAUAUUUUGGCUUCCUGACACCUUUGGUUACUCGUCUCAAGUUCCUCAGAUAUGCCAACUAUCUGGCAUAGACAAAUUCGUGACCCAAAAGCUUUCUUGGAACAACAUCAACAGCUUCCCACACUCAACCUUCAAUUGGGCUGGUCUUGACGGGUCACAGCUUUUGACACAUAUGCCCCCUGGAAACACGUACACUGCAGACUCUCAUUUCGGUGACGUUCUAAGAACCGCCAAACAGAACAAAACAAGCGAAGCUUACCCAUCGGGCCUGAUGAUGUACGGGAAAGGUGACGGUGGUGGUGGUCCGACACGCGAGAUGCUGGAAAAAAUGAGGAGAAUCAGGUCGAUGAGCAACAAAAACGGAAAUGUUAUUCCCAAAUUAAACGUAGGGAAGUCUGUUGAUGAUUUCUACGCAGACAUUUUGGCAAAAACGGACAAUGGCUGCAAACUACCUACUUGGGAGGGUGAACUGUAUUUUGAAUUCCACAGGGGAACCUAUACUACCCAUGCUGAAUUAAAGAAGUUGAUGAGAUUUUCCGAAAUUGCAAUUCACGAUCUCGAAUGGUUAGCCACAAAAGCCUCUGUGCUAUUCCCUAAACACUGCAAAUACCCAAUCAACGAGAUUAAUGAACUGUGGGAAGACGUAUUGUUAUGUCAGUUCCACGAUGUUUUACCUGGAACUUGCAUUGAAAUGGUAUAUAAGUAUGAAGCCGUGCCAAUGUUGAAGGAAGUCUUGAAGAAAUGUGCCUUACUACAGGCUGAAGUUUUGAAGGCACUAAACAAAGUCGGCACCACAGAUAAUAACACUUACAUUACAACCUUACCAUGGGCAUAUCCAGAGUUAACCUUGCAGAACACUAGAGGUCAUGAGGCGAGAAUUGGGGAGGACAAAGACUCUUACGUUUUAUCGAACAGCAAGCUGCAAGUCACUAUCUGCAAAGAGACCGGUGUUAUUGUCAGCGUACUAGACGUAUUAACCAAUGCCGAGUAUAUCGAUAUAAAGAAUGGGAGAAACAAAGCUGGAGCUAAUCAAUUUGUUUUGUUCGAUGAUAAACCUCUAAGCUGGCAGGCCUGGGAUACAGAAUUAUACUCUGUGAACCAAUAUAAAAAUGUUACCAACGUGAAAAAUAUCAAAGUAAAAUCAAACGAUGCCAAAUGCUGUUCAAUCGAAGUGGUAUUCUCUAUAUCCGAUGAUUGCGAGGUAACAACGGAGAUUUCAUUGAAUGCUGUCUCCGCCGAAUCUCGCGAAUUGAGCAGGGUCGAUAUUACGACUAAUGUUACCAAUUGGAAUCUGAGAAAUCAGUUUUUGAAGGUUGAAUUCCCUGUGAAUGUUCGCAGUGAAUAUGCUUCCUAUGAAACACAAUUUGGGGUAACAAGAAGACCAACACACUAUAACACCUCUUGGGAUGUGGCAAAGUUUGAAGUUUGUUGCCAUAAAUUUGCCGAUUACUCUGAUUUCAGUAAGGGUGUUUCUAUCUUGAAUGACAGCAAGUAUGGGUUUUCUACACACGGCAACCUAAUGAGACUAUCGCUACUACGUUCUUCGAAGGCCCCUGAUGCCCAUGCCGACAUGGGCUCGCAUACAAUCAAGUACGCUAUUUAUCCCCACCGCAAUGGCCUAUCAGCAAAAACAGUGAGGUCAGCCCAUGAUUUCAAUCUGGCCCACAGGUACAAGGUACCAAUGGCAGUAGCAACUAAGUUUGACCAUUUACUUUCCAUUUCUGGCGAUGAAAAUGUUAUUCUUUCCAACAUAAAAAGAGGCGAAGACGAUAAGGCAUUGAACUCAGAAUAUAGUUUGAAACCAAGGGAGGAAACCAGCAUUAUUGUAAGGGUGUAUGAAUCCUUGGGAGGGGAGGCUCAUGCUACCCUCAAAUUGAACUUGCCUUUACACAAAGUGCUAAAAGUCGAUAACCUAGAAUCCAAGGUUCUUGUGCCGUUGGAAGUUUCCAAGGAGGGGCUGGUUCCGAUCCACCUGAGACCAUUCGAGAUAGCCACUUACAAGUUUAUUUUUUAA